CAAAUGUAUAUCAUGGCUAAGUAAUCUAUCGAAUAGCCCCCAAAGUUACCCAUGUGGACAUUCAUGAUAUCACUUAUGAGCAGCUUCACCAAGCAUAAAUUUCUUCUUCAACAUGACAGAGCCUACCUUCUUUCCUCAAGAACUGUAUUGGUUCUUGAUACUCAUUGCUUUAUCCAUCUAUGUAUCGGAACUACUAUCUAGUUGGAAAAGUACUGGAAAGUAUAAGCAGCAUCCUUUCGUCCAGAGCCCAAAGGCUCUAACACCCCUAUUCAUAACAAAUGCCCUCUACGCUAGAAAUGCGGCAGACUUAAUACUCCGGGGAUACCAAAAGUUCAAAUCUCAUUCAUUCCAGCUUCUUCGGAGUAACGGCAAUAUUGUGAUUUUACCCUUGUCUGUACUUGAUGAAUUGUCAACCCUGUCCACAGCUAUUGCGACUCCGCACGGAGCUCUCGAGCAUGAUCUACUAGGCAGAUACACUGGUCUAGAUGUCAUCCUCGAGAAUAGGCUACAUCACACCAUUGUUCAACGAAAACUUACUCCCCAGCUCCGUGUUUUAACUCCUGUCUUACACAGAAAACUAGCAGCUUCCUUUGAGGAAACUUUCCCCAAUACUGACGAAUGGGCCGAAUUUCAACCGUACCAAGCAUUUUGCAGAGUGGCUGCAAGACUCUCAGCAGAGGCGAUUGUCGGGCCUUCCUUCAGCAACAACGAAACCUGGCUAAAUCUCUCAGUGGAUUACACAGAAUCGUUAUUUAGGACCAUUGUGAUCUUACGUUUAUUCCCAGGGUGGACCCAUUCACUCAUAUCCAAGUUCAUCCCUGCCUACUGGAGAUGCCAAGGCUAUAUCAAAACAGCAAAGAGCCUCCUAGGUCCCAAGAUCCAAGAACUGAUCAACAAAAACGACGAGGGAUCCUGGACACCAUCCUAUGAAGAUGAGGACUUGAACGUACUCACCUGGUUAAGCGUGUUAGCAAAGGGGAAGGAUCGCAACCCAGGUAGUAUCGCUCAUGUCCAAGUGCUUCUCGGACUCGCUGCUGUCCACACUACGGUGUUAAGGAUGGUGAACGUGCUAUACGAUAUUACUGCAGCAGGUCCAACUCUACUAAAAGAGCUACGAGAUGAAAUCAACGCCGUAGCUGGUGAAAACGGCUGGGAGGAUAUCCCGUACGACCAAUUACACAAGUUAGACAGCGUCCUUCGCGAGUCUCAGCGCAUGUCCCCGCCUACAGUAUUAGGGAUGAAGCGGAUAUUCAAGCAGUCUCAUACGUUUCAAAACGGUUUACAUAUCUCUGAAGGCACAUAUGUAUGCAUGCCAACAUAUGCGAUUGAAAACGACCCAGAACAUACCCCCAACCCGGAAGUGUUUGACGGGCUACGAAGCUACCGUCAGUUCAUGGCACAGGAUACGCAAGACCAAAAGUCUGCUGAGAAAUUUGGGUUCUCAGACACAGCACCGACGGUUCUCAAUUUCGGGUACGGGAAGACGGCUUGCCCCGGGAGGUUCUUCGCUAGUCUGACGAUCAAGAUGCUUUUCGUGAAACUUCUUACGCAGUAUGACUUCAAAUUCCUCCCCGGUGCCGAGAGACCGCAGAACUUGAUGGCACAUGAGUUUCUCUUCACAUGGCCGUGGACGCGGAUGCUUAUCAAGCGAAACCACGAAGGUCGCUAUCCAUCAGAGGUAUGAAGGUAUAUGGGUUGAUUUGUGGGAGUUGGUGUAGGCUUCAUUAUGGAAUAAGGGGUAAAGAUAGGGGCG